AUGACUACCAGUUACGGAGGAAAUAGAUCUAGAGGAGACUUCAAGAGAAGAGGCGAUUUCUCAAGCGGAGACAGAAAGGAAAAUGGGCGAUUUGGUGCAGCACGCAGGGGAAACUUUGGAGAUUCAAUGCAGGACAACGGGCCAGUAGAGUUUGAUAAAGAGUUCUACAGCGAGCACCCAGAGCAGGAAAAGCUGAGCGCAAGCGAAGUCAACGAGAUGAGAAAGACCUUCGACAUGACCAUUACAGGAGAUAGCAUUCCAAAGCCGUGCAUGAACUUCGAGCACUUUGGAUUCCCAGAGAGCGUUAUGGCGGAGUUCAAGAGGUCGGGAUACACCAACCCCACGCCAAUACAGGCGCAGGGAUGGCCCAUGGCACUUUGCGGGCGAGACAUGGUCGGAGUCGCAAACACGGGAUCCGGAAAAACACUUUCCUUCAUCCUCCCGGCACUGAUCCACGCGAGAGCACAGAAGCCGCUCAGACAGGGCGACGGACCCAUCGUUCUCGUACUCGCCCCAACGAGAGAGCUCGUUUCGCAGAUCGAGGAGGAGGCAAAAAAAUACGCAGGAUUUUUCGGCAUGAGAACAUUCUCCGUCUACGGAGGAGUCCCCUCAGGGCCCCAGAAGGGAGCAAUUAGAAGGGGAACGGAAAUCCUCAUCGCAACCCCCGGGAGACUUAUCGACCUCUACGACCAGGGCGCAGUGUACCUCAGCAGAGUCUCGUUCCUCGUCCUCGAUGAGGCAGACAGAAUGCUCGAUAUGGGAUUCGAGCCGCAGCUUAAGAAGAUCAUCCCGGAGACAAACCCGAAGAGACAGACACUCAUGUGGUCGGCAACGUGGCCAAAGGAGGUCCAGUCCCUCGCGAGAAACUACAUGAACGACUACAUCCAGGUGAAGAUCGGAUCGGCAGAGCUCGUUGCAAACAUAAAGAUCACGCAGAAGACGUACAUCGUAGAGUACAGGGAGAAGGACAGGCUGCUUUCGGAGGUGCUCACAGAGGUCGCAGGAGACGAGAAACUCAACCCGAAGAUCAUCGUCUUCUGCAACCAGAAGAGGAAGUGCGACGACCUCGUCGAUAAGAUGCAGGAGUACGGAUGGCCAGCAGAGUCCCUCCACGGGGAUAAGGCCCAGAACCAGAGAGACAGGAUCAUCGCAGACUUCAAGUCGGGAAGGAGAAGCAUCCUCGUCGCAACGGACGUGGCGGCAAGAGGACUCGACGUGAAGGACGUGAAGGCAGUUAUUAACUACGACUUCCCAGGGAACUGCGAGGACUACAUCCACAGAAUCGGAAGAACAGCGAGAGGAAACUCAGAGGAGGGGCUGUCGCUCACAUUCUUCUCCCCAGUUAACGACAGAGCAAACGCUAGGAAAUACAUAGACAUAUUAAGGGACUCCAAGCAGGAGGUGCCUUCAGAGCUCGUGAAGAUUGCUGAAACAAGAGGAGGAAGCAGCGGAGGAAACUUUGGAGGACGAAACAGACGCUUUGGCGGAAAUAUGGCAGCUAGAGGAGGGAGAAGGUGGUAG